CUCGAACUUGACGUCAGCACGUUGAUGAAACGCCAACUGAAUCUCGUCCAUUCAAAGAAUUAUUUCCUGUUAUUCUCCUAAUGAUGGAAGCUUUCUUAAUCUGCUUGCUGUUUUCAUUUUUGACGGUAACAGCUGCCAAUACAUGUUCAUAUGUCGUAAACUGUGACGUGUUACACUCUGUGUGCUGUACACGUUAUGACUGCUGUGACGAAGCCUGCUGUGCAGAGAAGUUCGCCGAGGACGAGGAACCUGAGGAAACUGAUUACACAGUUUUAUAUAUAAUAGUAGCAUUUUUCGUUGGAAUCUUGCUGGUGAAGUUCAAACCUACAAAGGUACUGAAGUGUCUUACUUGCGGCAAGUGUUUCAAAAACAGUGUUGCUGACUCAGAGGCGCCUUCACAGUCGCACCAUCCCACGAAGACACCGCCUAAUGACUGGGGCGCAUCUCGUCCCGUCGAAACACCACCACCUGACGCCGUCUCGGUCAAGGCUAAAUCCGACCUUCCUGCCUCUGACUCUAUGAGAACACCAUCCUCUGAAACAAGCGAUCCCGAGACUGUGACCCAGCAUAUUGCAUCUGACCCUACGAGAACACCGGCCUCUGAAACGAGCGCUGUCAAGACUACGUCCCAUCAUAUUGCCUCUCACCCUGCAAGAACACCGUCCUCUGAGACUGGGGUAAUUAAAUCUUCGUCCCACCAUUCUCCAUCUUCAUCCACAAGAACACGGCCUCCUGAAAUUAGCGCAGUCAAGAUUUCGUCCCAUCAUCCUACUUCUCACCCCACGAGUACACCGUCCUCUGAGACUGGCGCAGUCAAGAGUAGGCCUAUCUCCCGCCAUUCUCCAUCUCCAUCCACGAGAACACUGUCUCCUGAAACUAGCGCAGUAAAGAUUUCCUCACACCAUUCUACACCUCACUCCACGAGUGCACCGUCCUCUGAGACUGGCGCAGUAAAAACUUCGUCCCACCAUUCUCUAUCUCCUUCUACAAGAACACUGUCUCCUAAAACUAGUGAAUUUAAUCUUCCGUCCCAACACACCGCGAGAACAGCGUCCUCUGUCACAAGUCCAGUCAAGACUGGCUCCCGCCAUUCUCCGUCUCAUUCGACGAGAACACCAUCCCCUGUCACAAGCGCAGUAAAGACUACAUCCCGCCCUUCUCCAUCUUCAUCCACGACAACACUGUCUCCUGAAGCUAGUGCACUCACGAUUUCCUCCCACCAUUCUCUAUCUCACACCACUAGAACACUGUCCCCUGAAACUAGUGCAGUCAAAGUUUCGUCCCACCAUUCUGCUUCUCAGCCCUCGAGAACAGCGUCCUCUGAGACUGGCGCAGUCAAGACUACGUCCCGCCAUUCUCCAUCCCCAUCCACGAAAACACAAUCCCCUGUGACAAGCGCAGCAAAGACUUCGUCUCGUCAUUCUCCAUCUCCUUUCACGAAAACACUGCCUCCUGAAACUAGCGCAGUCAAAAUUUCGCCCCACCAUUCUGCUUCUCAGCCCUCGAGAACACCGUCCUCUGAGACUGGCGCAGUCAAGACUACGUCCCGCCAUUCUCCAUCCCCAUCCACGAAAACACAAUCCCCUGUGACAAGCGCAGCAAAGACUACGUCCCACGAUUCUCCAUCUCCAUCCAAGAGAACACUGCCUCCUGAAACUAGCGCAGCCAAAAUUUCAUCCCACCAUUCUUCUUCUCAGCCCUCGAGAGCACCGUCCUCUGAGACUGGUGGAGUCAAGGCUACGUCCCGCCAUUCUCCAUCUCCAUCCACGAGAAAAUUGUCUCCUGAAACUAGCGCAGCCAAAAUUUCGUCCCACCAUUCUGCUUCUCAGCCCUCGAGAACACCGUCCUCUGAGACUGGCGCAGUAAAGACUACGUCCCACGAUUCUCCAUCUCCAUCCACGAGAACACUAUCUCCUGAAACUAGCGCAGACAAAAUUUCGUCCCACCAUUCUGCUUCUCAGCCCUCGAGAACACCGUCCUCUGAGACUGGUGGAGUCAAGACUACGUCCCGCCAUUCUCCAUCUAAAUCCAGGAGAACACCGUCUCCUGAAACUUGUCCAGUCAAAAUUUCGCUCCACCAUUCUGAUUCUCAACCCUCAAGAACAACGUCCUCUGAGACUGGCGCAGUCAAGACUACGUCCCGCCAUUCUCCAUCUCCAUCCACGAAAACACCAUCCCCUGUCACAAGCGCAGUAAAGACUUCGUCCCGUCAUUCUCCAUCUCAUUCUACAAGAACACCGUCUCCUGAAACUUGCCCAGUCAAAAUUUCGCUCCACCAUUCUGAUUCUCAACCCUCAAGAACAACGUCCUCUGAGACUGGCGCAGUCAAGACUACGUCCCGCCAUUCUCCAUCUCCAUCCACGAGAACACCAUCCCCCGUGACAAGCGCAGUCAAAAUUUCACUCCACCAUUCUGAUUCUCAAUCCUCAAGAACAACGCCCUCUGAGACUUCGCCCAGUCAUUCUCCACCUCCACCCACGAGCACACUGCUUCCUGAAACUAAUGCAACCAAACUUUCGGCCUGCACUUCUGCUCUUUUUUAGCCACCGAGAACAGCGUCAGCUGACACAGGUGCAGUCAAAGUUUCGUUCGAAAACCAAAAUACCGUCCUCUAAUGAAGUCGCAGCCAAGUCUGCGUCCCAGCAUUCCGCAUCUCACCAAACAAGUAGA